GGGUGCCGCCAGCUCGCUCGCUGCUGGCCUGUGCUGCUCGCUGCUCUCUCUGCCAGAGUAUCUCGAGCGGCACACGCCAGCAGUGCAGUGUGUCAAAGGUAGAGAACACGCGCAGUCUUUGUCGUGCCUUGGCAGGGACUUGUCGUGCCAGCAAUUUCAAACGCGGAGCCUGCCUUUGGUGGACGGCGACACGGGGCACACCGUCGUGUUCGCUGCUGACACCAACUACAGUACCCGGCAGCACGCAGUGUCAAGUGCCGCAUACGAAAGAACAUGUCAGAAAACCGCACGAAGCAAGAGUACAACGGCAGUGGCAGCAGUAGCAGUAGGCCUGGAGCAGAGCGUUCGGAUGGGAGUCGGGGAUUCUCGUCGGGAGCAGCUGGCCCGCGAGGUCGGGGCAGCGGCUCUAGGGGGAGGGGGCGAGGCGGAGGAGGCAGCGGCCGAGGGGCCUACCACCACCAGCAGCAGUACGACCAGCAGUGGAUGCCGCCGACGGUAGGCUCGGAGUGGAGAGGCGGGAGGGGAAGAGGGAAAGGUAACUAUCACAGAAACAUGAGCAAGUCGUAUAACAAUGACAGCAGGGGCGGUAGCGGCACCACCACCAGCGGCAAUGGUAGCAGCGGCUCUGCUGUCUUGGUCCCGGGCAGCAGCAUCCGAGGGCCACGAGACGGCGGCAGCGGCGGCGGCGGCAGUAGCACGAGCGACAGCACGAGCAACAGCAAUUGCCACCGUUCCAAUGACUACGCCCACCGUUCCAACUACUACGGGGGUCGCUCUCCCCCGCCACCGCCGCCGCCACCGCCACCGCCCCCCCGACCGGCAGAAGCGGGAGCCACGUCUACGGACGGCGGCGGUGGCAGCAGCAGCAGCAGCCGCAACAAGCGCCCGGCCCCUGCCUCUCCCUCUAACGGAGACGACGGCGACAGCGGUGGAAGACGUCGACGUCGGAACCAAAGCAAGAGUGCCAGGGCGGGCAGCCGAGGGGAAGAAAAUGCCGCUAGCACCGGUGCCGGUUCGGGCGGGAACGGGGACAAGGCGGGAGGGAAGGGCGCCGACGUCGGCAGCGGGGGCUGCGGGGGCGGCGGCGGUGGCGGCGGCGGUAGCAGUAAGAGGGCGCGCAGUAGCAAGGGGCGCAGUAGAUCUCGCCAGCGAGAAGGCGAGGGGAGCGGGAGGGAGGGGGAAGGGAAGGGUUCUUCCGGCAGCGCGAACAGCGUCUCGGACCGAAGGCAGGCGAAGCUGAAGGAGCUGAAGGUCCUCGACGGCCGGAGGAAGGCAGCCGUGGCGGCGGGCGAGGCGCUCGCCAAGGAGGUCGAGAAGAAUCGGAUGGAGCAAGACGAGAUAGCCAUCCAGAUCGACGCGGCGAAGCGGCUGCUGGCUCUGUACGACUCCAACUCGGACACCCCGGACGUCACGAUACUCCCAUCCCCGCCCCCGGCGCCGGCGCCGGCGCCGGCGCCGGCGCAAGCGCCACGGGCGGAGUAUUCCUCCACGGCAGCUGCUGCGUCGCGCUCGGGGUCUUUUUCCGGCGCGGUGCGAGGGAGAGGUGGCGGCUCCGCCGCUGCGCGGGGUAGCAGGGUAUCGGGAUCAUCGCCGUCUCUUUCAGCGCCAGCGGCGCGCAGCAACGGGAAGGUAUCCGCGCGCCGCGCCACCGGCAGAGGCAGGAAAGAAGGCAGCAGCAGCAGCAGCAGCAGCAGCAGCAGCGACAACGACGACGAAGACUACCCUUUGGGGAGCACAAGAGUCGGCCUGCCCGGCGGAGUGGGCGGCGAAGGUUUCGGGCUCAUCACGAGCAUGCCGCCGGCGGGCGGCGGCAGCAGCAGCUGCAGCGGCAGCGGCGUCAGCAGCAGCAGGAACGGCGCUAGCCGAAACGCGGUCGCGGCGGCGAGUGCGGCGACGGCCAGCAGAAAGCCUCCGGCGAGCGUCGAUGCGGCGGACGAGUUCCCGGCUCGGGUGCCGAGCGACGGGGCGGGCGCGGGUGCCGGGGAAGGGGCGCUUGAUUCAGGCGGGACGGAGCCUGGGCGUACAAGUGGUGGCGGCGUUGGCGGUGGUAGCAGCGGUGGUAGCCGUGAGACGACCGGGGUACACAGAGGGGUGGAGGUGAAGAGGGACUCGUUCAACAUCGUGAAGCAGCUCAUGUUCCAGACUUCGAGGUCGCGCAAGCCGAGGACCAUGGCCUUCAACCCGGUGGACCCGGGGCUUUUCGCCGUCUGCAGCGCCGACCUCUCCGUGGACCUUUGGCGCUACGGGAGGAACAAGCAGGAGCUGGAGAAAGUCUCGGAGCGGAACGACGUGACUCCGGUCGGGGGGGCUCACAUGGCGUGGAACCCUUCCGGCACGCACUUGGCCAUCGGGCACUCGGGAAGCACCCUCGUGAACAACUGGGCGGCGACGAUCAUUGCGAAGGACGGCAGGAGCAAGUCCGACAUGAAGCUGCGCUCCGAUCGUCACAACAAACCGGCGCAGGCCGUGGCGUGGGUGACUCCCUCCAAGAACAAUCAGGACCACCUUGUCACCGGAGGGGAAGACGGGCACGUCGUCAUCUGGACCCGGGUUCUCGACGCUGAGUCAGAUCUUCACAAGGUCGCGAUACUGCACAGCAGGCACACGUCGGCCGUGAGGAGCGCGUGCUGCCCGUCCAUCUCUCCCACCGUCGUGACCGGGGGGGCGGACGGCCGGCUGGUGAGCUACAGCAUAGAGACGGCCUCGGUGCAGUGGGAAGAGCUACUCCGCGUCAGCAAGACGUACCACCCAAUGGUGAACGAGCUUUUAGAAUUCCCGGAUAACCCGCACUCCCUUCUGGUCAGCACCGUGGACACCGCUAAGAGCCACUCUCUGUUCACCAUGGACACGCGGCAGCCUACGUCUCUGAUCCACACCGCCCGCCGGAUGGAGUGGAAGAGGAAGGACGACAAGAAAUCCUUCAGCGGCCUGGUGUACCCCUCCAUCUCUCCGUGCGGGCGGUACGUGGCCUGCGCCGGCGACUGGAACGGGUGCUUCCACAUCUGGGACGUGAGGUCUGCGCGGUCCGAGCCGAUGCAGAGCGUCCUCGUGAAUUCGGUGGCCAGAGUGGUGCACACGGCGUGGCACCCUGACCAGGACGCGCGCGCUCUCAUGUCGCUCUCUGCCGCCAGUGGGCAAGGCGGGAAGAACUUCGCGCUUCACCUACACGGCGGCCUGCGGUCUUGACCCCGUUGGUUGACGGGGUGUGGACGAUUUUCUUUCAGCGAAGAAAGCGGAGGACAGGACGGUUGUUUCUGGAGCGACGAGAGGGUGCAGGUAGCUCGGCACGUCGCUUGUGGCGGCGGGGGGCUUCGUGAUCUUGGCGCGUUUGUUGAACGAAAAAUACAACAUUGUUCGAUGCGUUCGGGUCGCUGGGUCGGCGAUUGUGGCACCGCCGUUGUGGUGCGAACAGCGUUUGGGAAGAGCUUGGCGCUCUAGCCCUCACCGUAACGUGCGUGCAGCCUCGGCGAGGAUGCAAACUAGAACCCGACCCGGGGGUCGAGGGCGUGGUGGCUGCGGUGUGUGUUUUUGGUCCUGUUGGUGUGUAUUGGUUGGUGCGUUUUUCAGACUGGUGUUAUUCCCGGGUGUCAUCAUCCGGGUGUUCGUGAGAAGUCGUGAUUGUUUUCUUGGUCGGACGAUGGUGCGCGGCCCUGUCUCGGGCUCUUGUUUCACGUAUCUUUCACAGACAUGAGUAGAGGGAACGUGUUUUGCUUUUGGGGAGAACCCCAACGGGUAGUGGACAGGGGACGAGAAUGCACACCGCCGGCCUGCGGUCUCAUCCUUUUGGGCGAGGACAAUCGAUCAAAAUAGAUGCCGAGAACCCCACGUCCUGGACGAUAGAAUUGUUUUCGAGUGUUGUCGGUGAACGAUGUUACAUCAAGAUGAGAAAACUGUUCGUGUACCCCCCACGACAGGCCGAGGCUUCUUUGGCCCCUUCGGGAGAGCUAGGGCCAAGCCGUUCGCCGGGGAGGACCGAAAACGAAGGUGCAUUUUUGGGCUCGGGUCUAGUGAAGCUUGAUGCUUACCUCGGCGAAUUUGUGUGCACCGAAUGCCGACGUUGUGCCAGAGGCAUGUCCUUAGUUAAGAGGAGGAAGCUUCUUCUUGCUGUUGUGUGUUGUUGCUGUGGCGUUGAGGGUGGGUGUGACAGGGAGCUCGCGUGUGGGAAACGAUAUCGUCGUCCUGUGAAUUCAAGGCCAGAGCCGGAAGCGAGAGAUACCCACGAAGCUCGAAGAAUCCAGUAGGAAACGACAGAAAAAAGCCGUUUCACGUUGGCACGGCGGCGCGGCACAGCAGUGUGUGCACCAUCAACUCGUG